CGUGCAUUACUAGUCUCUUCUUUAAUCUCUCUUCAUCUUUCUCGCGCCUAAAAGCUUCUCUCUCUUUAAUGGCGUUUUAAUUAAAAACUGGAUCUUUCUCCCUAAAGGCAGCUCCUUUCCUUUCCUUCUUCUUCUCUCAUGGCGUUUCUCAGAGCUUUCUCGUUCCUGUUUCUGCUCUUCAUCUCCGUUUCCUCUGCCGCAACCUCAGAAAGGAGCUCACUUUUGUCCUUCAAAGCCUCCCUCGAGAACCCAUCAGCUCUCUCUUCAUGGAACCGCUCGUCUCCCUCCCCCUGCAGCUGGGUCGGCGUCACUUGCCGUUUCGGGAAAGUGAACUCUCUCUCUCUCCCUUCAAUGUCUCUAAAAGGAAACCUACCUCCUUCCCUCUUCUCCUCCCUCCCUUUCCUCACCGACCUCGACCUCUCCGACAACUCCCUCUCCGGCCUCAUCCCUCCUCAGCUAGGCCGCCUGAAACACCUCCAAACCCUCUCCCUCUCCGGAAACUCCCUCACCGGCCCCCUCCCGAGUCGACUCGUCGGGAGCUUGCCUCGCCUCCUCUACCUCGACCUGAGCGACAACCGCCUCUCCGGCCCUCUCCCUCCCUCCUUCCUCCUCAGCUUCCCGUCUCUCUCCUCCCUCGACUUCUCCAACAACUCUCUCUCCGGCCUUAUCCCUCCGGAGAUCGGGAAGUUGAGCAACCUCUCCGACCUCUACAUGGGAGAGAACAAACUCUCCGGCCUCAUCCCGCCGCAGAUCGGUGACCUCUCCUCCCUCAAGAACUUCAUCGCUCCGUCUUGCCUCUUCAAAGGACCGUUGCCAAACGAAAUCUCGAACCUCAAGAGUUUAGCAAAGCUCGACCUUUCUUACAACCCACUCAACUGUCCCAUCCCCAAAUCAAUCGGAGAGUUACAUAACCUCACAAUGCUGAACCUCGUCUCAACCGAGCUCAACGGUUUGAUCCCUAGGGAGAUUGGUGAGUGUAAGUCUCUCAAAACGUUGAUGCUUUCCUUCAACGACCUCUCUGGGGGUUUGCCUUUGGAGCUAUCAGAGAUUCCUUUGCUGUCGUUCUCCGCUGAGAAGAAUCGCCUCUCUGGUCGGUUGCCUUCUUGGAUCGGUGAAUGGAAAGAAAUCGAGUCGCUUCUGCUUUCUAGCAACCGGUUCUCAGGAGAGAUCCCUCAUGAGAUUCAGUUUUGUCCAGUGCUGAAGCAUCUUAGUUUAGCUAACAACUUGUUAACCGGUUUGAUUCCUAGAGAGCUUUGUGGUUCAGGCGCGUUGGAGGAUAUUGACCUCUCUGUGAACUUCCUCUCUGGAGGGAUCCAUGAGGUAUUCGUUGGAUGUACUAAUCUUCAACAGCUGGCUCUUACCAACAACGAGAUCAACGGUUCUAUACCUGAGUAUCUUUCUAACCUGAUGGCGCUUGACUUGGACUCAAACAACUUCACUGGAGAGAUCCCUGUGAGUCUCUGGAACUCGACGAACUUAAUGGAGUUUUCAGCUUCUUACAACCGUCUAGGAGGGUAUCUACCUCCAGAGAUAGGCAAUGCAGUGUCCUUAAAGAGGCUUGUGCUCAGUGAUAACCAGCUCAGAGGUGUGAUCCCAAGAGAGGUUGGGAAGCUGACUUCUUUAUCGUUCUUAAACCUGAAUUCAAAUGAGCUUCGAGGAGAGAUACCAACCGAGCUCGGAGACUGUACUUCUCUGACUACAUUGGACCUCGGCAAAAACAAUCUCCAAGGAGAGAUUCCAGUAAAGAUCACUGCUCUUGCUCAGCUUCAGUGUCUUGUCCUCUCUGACAACAACCUCUCCGGCUCCAUUCCUUCGAAGCCUUCCGCUUACUUCCACCAGACGGAGAUGCCUGAUCUGAGCUUUCUCCAGCACCGUGGGAUAUUCGAUCUCUCCCACAACGGACUCACCGGUCCUAUACCUGAAGAGCUUGGCGGCUGUGUAGUAGUAGUUGAGAUUUUACUAAGCAACAAUCGCCUCUCUGGAGAGAUCCCAUCUUCGCUCUCACGUCUAACCAACUUGACAAAUCUUGAUCUCUCUGGAAACAGCCUCACCGGGUCCAUUCCUCAAGAGUUAGGCCACUCUCCUAAGCUCCAGGGACUCAACUUGGCGAGUAAUCACCUCAAUGGGCCUAUACCGAAGAGUUUCGGCCUUUUGGGUAGCUUGGUGAAGCUGAACUUGAGCAAGAACAAGCUUGAUGGUUCUCUUCCCGCUUCUCUUGGGAACUUGAAAGAGCUGACGCACAUGGACUUGAGCUUUAACAAGCUAAGCGGCGAGCUUCCUUCAGAACUCUCUAAAAUGCUCAACUUAGUGGGAAUCUAUAUUCAGCAGAACAGGUUCUCAGGGUCUGUAGAAACACUCUUCUGCAGCUCACUGGCGUGGAAGGUUGAGACAGUGAACUUCAGCGUUAACUUGUUAACAGGAAGCUUGCCGAGAUCGUUGGGGAACUUGUCGUACUUGACAAACUUGGAUCUGCACCAGAAUCACUUCACAGGAGAGAUACCUUCAGAGCUUGGGAGUCUCAUGCAGUUAGAGCUCCUUGACUUGUCUGAGAACAACAUCUCCGGAGAUAUACCAACGCAGAUAUGUGGAUUGGCUAGUCUACGGUUCUUGAAUUUGGCUAAGAACAGGUUACAAGGAGAAGUACCGAGCGAAAGUGUUUGUAAUGAUCCUUCCAAGGCAAUGUUCUCUGGAAACAAAGCGUUGUGCGGGAGAGUGAUUGGUUUGGAUUGCAAGAGUGAUGAGACGACUUUGCUAAGUGCUUGGGGACUCUCAGGGAUUGUGAUAGGGAGCAUGAUCAUUGUCCUUGCAGCUGUCUUCUCUCUGCGGAGAUAUGUUACGAGAAGGAGAGUGAACGAUCCAGAGGAAAGCUUCGUCGAUGAUCAGAACCUCUACUUCUUGAGCGGAAGCAGAUCGAGAGAGCCGCUAAGCAUCAACGUGGCUAUGUUCGAGCAGCCGCUUCUCAAGGUGAGCUUAGCAGACAUCGUGGAAGGAACCGACCGUUUCUGCAAGAAGAACAUCAUAGGAGACGGCGGGUUCGGGACGGUUUACAAAGCGUGUUUGCACGGAGGGAAGACAGUAGCGGUUAAGAAGCUGAGCGAUGCCAAGACUCAGGGGAACAGAGAGUUCAUGGCGGAGAUGGAGACUCUAGGGAAAGUGAAGCAUCCGAACCUGGUCUCUUUGAUUGGUUACUGUUCCUUCAGCGAAGAGAAGCUUCUUGUGUACGAGUACAUGGUGAACGGGAGCUUGGACCAUUGGUUGAGGAACCAGACAGGGAUCCUGGACGUGCUGGACUGGUCCAAACGGUUGAAGAUAGCUGUGGGAGCUGCGAGGGGGUUAGCUUUCUUGCACCACGGUUUCAUCCCUCACAUCAUCCACAGAGACAUCAAGGCGAGCAACAUUCUUCUAGACAGCGAGUUCGAGCCCAAGGUUGCGGAUUUCGGGUUGGCGAGGCUGAUCAGCGCGUGUGAGACUCACGUGAGUACCAUCAUCGCGGGCACGUUCGGGUACAUUCCGCCUGAGUAUGGUCAGAGCGCACGAGCGACGACCAAGGGAGAUGUGUACAGCUUUGGGGUGAUUUUGCUUGAGCUGGUGACGGGGAAAGAGCCAACGGGUCCUGACUUUAAAGAGAGCGAAGGAGGGAACUUGGUUGGUUGGGUUGUUCAGAAGAUCAACAGAGGGAGAGCUGUGGAUGUUUUGGACCCUCUGGUUGUGACAGCGGGUUUCAAACAGUCUAUGCUACGUGUGCUUCAGAUCGCUGUGCAUUGUAUUGCUGCGACGCCUGCUAGUCGUCCGAGUAUGUUAGAUGUCCUGAAGUCUCUCAAGGAGAUAUAGUUAGACUUAUGUUGUAUAAGUAACUACAUCAUGUGUGAUGAUGAUGAUGAUGCUAAUGUUAACCUUGUUAAGUUUAUAAAAUCAUCCAACUGAC